AUGAAGAGUUCAAAGAGCCUUUCAUCUAAUAAUGGGAUCCCUGCUUCAGAAGAAAGAGUGGUCGUGUUGGUUAUUGAUGAGGGUGGAAUGGGAGUAUACUCUUCGACAUCUGUCUUAACGAAAGAACUUCAAUCCGUGAUCAUGGAAUCUAUAAUUUUCCCUACAGUGAAGGGAAUGGCCGAAGAAGGUUACAAAUGGCAUAGUGCUGGUACAUUUUAUGUAUGCAAUAGAACUAGAGGUCCUUUUGGGGCCAUGAAGUUCCCUGCUGAGCUAGCUCGAGGACCUAGCAAUGGUCUUGACAUUGUUCUUAGGCUCUUGCAGCUCAUCAGGGAGCUAUUCCUUAUCCUUUCUCAUUGUUGA